AUGCGUCCUUCUACCAUUCUUUCCUCCGUUGCUCUCGGCCUCUUCGCCACGGUUCAAGCUUCAACCAAUGCCACUCUGGACGCUCUCGUUGAGAACGCCAAUGCAAACUUGCUAGAAAUACUCCAAUCUCGAGUUGGCAACCCUUCUGAGACCUGUACCUCCGAGAACGUACUUGUUCGCCGUGAAUGGGGGGCAUUGUCAUCAACAGAGAAGAAAGAGUAUAUUGCAGCGGUUCAGUGCCUGACGAACCUGCCUCCAAUUACACCACUGUCUGUUGUCCCAGGUGUGCGAAGCCGCCACGACGACUUUGGAGCUGUGCAUGUCAACCAGACAGCCUACAUUCACUGGACUUCCAUCUUCCUGGCAUGGCACAGAUACUACACCUGGGCGUACGAGACUGCUCUUCGGGACGAGUGUGGCUACAAAGGAACUCAACCUUACUGGGAUUGGUCCUCUACAGACACCAUUGCCGCGCAUCCUCUCUUUGAUGGUUCCGACACUUCUAUUGGUGGCAACGGGGCUUACGUUGAAGGCUACACGGAUUUUAUAAUUAUCCCAACCCCAGUCAUCGUCAAUGUCUCUGGGCCAGCUGGAACCGGCGGCGGCUGCAUCACAGACGGACCCUUUGUCAAUCUCUCCUCCCAUCUCGGCCCACACGGUGCACCCAUCUCAGACGGCUUCGCAUACAACCCUCGCUGCCUGACACGCAACUUCCGUGACUACAUUCUGCAACAAGAUCUCAGCUACCAGAAUGUCACAAGCAACUUGUUGGCGGAAGAUUUGCAGAGCUUCAGUAACUACAUGGGAGCUAGCACGGGUCUCCACAGCAAUGGCCAUACUGCUACGGGUGGCCUACAGGAUGAUUUGUGGGCGUCUGCUCAAGACCCCAGUUUCGUCUUUCAUCAUGCUCAGGUGGAUCGCGUGUGGACGCUUUGGGCUGCGCAGAACCAGACUGUCAGAACGAAGGAGGUGUCUGAUACUAUGACUAUCAAGAAUCAACCCCCGUCGGCUAAUGGUACUUUGGAUACGACGUUAGACCUAGGAUACAAUGGCGGAACUAAGACAAUUGGAGAACUUUCUUCCACCAUCGAUGGAAUAUUCUGUUACAUUUAUGCUUAG